AAGACUAGCCGGCCUGUAUGUACCUGAUUACUGUAUUCCAAUUAGUAUCUUCCAGUUCUAUCUAUCAAUUUUCCCGCGUUUUUCCUAUUGACAAUCCGAGAAGACAAAGGAAGCCAUGGAAGAAAGAAAAAUGGAGCAAUGGGUUACGUUGUUUGACAUUUUCAUGAAUAACCCAACACCUGAAACAGAAGCAUCUCUUUGGCUACAACAGAGUUUCAAUGCGACAACAUCUUCAUCGUCAACAAUAACUCCAAUCACGACAAGCUCUUUCCUCUCUUUGCUUACCAAACCCUGCAAUCCCAUUGUCAAGGACUCAUCUUUCUCUCCACCUACCACACCAAAAAGAGUUAUGUUUAUAGAGAUGCUUCCGGGUAUGGUUCAGUCAAGAAAAUUGCCGUUUCUUGCUUGGGAGAACAAAAAGUUUAUUGCGAAGGAAUUAUCUAAGCUGGCACGUAUUUUUUUGAAUGAAAUUUCAGGGCUUGAGUUUUGGGUCAAGAAAGCAGCACGGAACCUGUUCGAUAGAAUGUCUGAACCAAAUCGUGUUAAUGAGUGGAUUUCUAGUUUUGGUCUGGACUCCGGUGAAGAAUUAGUCGAAGAGUUCGAGUCCAUGCCGGGUUGGCUUAAGGACACGUCUACAGCUAACGAUCCACUUCUCUAUUGGCUUCCUUUAUCUGCAGCUGAUUUUGGUCCGAGGUUUUAUGAUGAUAGUUUGGAAAAUGAUCAGAGCUUGUUCGAUCAAGUUGAAGAAAAUGGAGACGACAGUAAGAAGGAAGUUGGGGUCGAAAUGGCAGUCGAUCGGGCUCGAAUGUGACUUUGGAACCUGAAAUUGAAACUAUGGCUAUUAGUUUGAGAGACAGGUUUAUAAACUAUGAGUCUAGUUUCAAAACGGUAACUUUGGCGAAUGAAAUUCGCCAACAUUGUUUCGAUAAAAGAGCGAAUUCUUUUCGAGUUCUGAGUUUGAUCGAGCCUUGAAAACCGAGGAUGAGACUGCUUUGGUUCUAAUUUCUCAUCUUUCGAGUGAGGAUGAAGACAAGCUUGCUUGGCCAAGUCAGGUUCUCUGCUCAAUUGUUUUCCCCAAGUUUUUGGUUCUAGCAGAUCCAGCUUCUCGUCUGCUACUGACUUCGACGAUUGAGUACUUCAAGCUUCAUCAGAGGGCCACGGUACACGGAUUAUUGUUUCCACUCGUACUGCAAAAAGAGGGUAUCAACACCCCAAUCUGUGACGUGAUGACUAGGAUUGAGAAGGAAUGCCUGCACCUGGCUCGCGUUUCUGUCUUCUGUCGG